GCAUCAAAGGCCACGAAGCCGCGGACGUUCGCAGGCUAGUCCUGUGAACGCAGUCACUAAACCUCCAGCAGUAGUUAUUCGAUGACAUGUCUGCCCAAGGUGGUCGGGUUCGCAACGGUAGCUACAUCUCUAUCACAGUGCUGAAAGCGGCCCCUGCAAACAACUUGACAGGUCUCCCACCAAGCAGGAGCCCGGUCAGUAUGUGCAACUUCACUCUCACCCUCGUCGAGUCCUGCGGUCACGAGCUUCCAAUAACGGACUACUGCGAAGCCGCGCAAGACUCUGUUGAAGCCUUCAAAAGCGCCAUUCGAGCCCGGACGAUUCUCCAUGGCGCCUCCCGCGCCUUGCACGGAGACAUUAGGCUGGACCAUGUACAGAUCGCUGGAUACGCCAGUAGCUCGCGAGUAUUGCCUUAUGCUGCUGAGAGGUUAAGGGGCAAACGGACCUACGGCGGCAUUGCUGAUGACGCGGCUAUUCGAAGGAGAAGAUGAGGAGGAUCCAAACUUUUUCGGAGCUGAAGAGAGUCGCGGAGGCGGGAAUAGGGCAGGCGCUUCAGCCGGACGGUGAAGAAGAGGAUAGAGCUGGGAUAAGUGAGCAAGGCCAUGCCACUGAGUCAAAACAGAAGGUUUUGAAAGGCCGCGUAAAUGAAAAGAAGCUUACGGCUUGGCCACUGCAGCGUG